AUGACGCUCGAGGACACGGUUGAGCGUUGUGUUUCCCCUCCGCACCACACCCGUCCCCGUGUUCCAGGUUCGCAGACUCCCUCGGCUGCCGCCUCCCCACGCUCACUCCGCGCCCCCUUGUCCGGCCUGGCCCCUUACGGCUCCCCGGAUUCUCUCGCUCGUCCCGUCCACCACAGCAUCAGUCGCCCGUUGGACGGCAUCGCCGCCCGGCUGACGACCGAAACCCAUCGAAAGAUUCCCGAAUCGGCUCCGCUGCCAGACAUUAGCCGGCAUGGUCAGGCAGCUCCCGAUUUAGCAAGUCGUAUCCAAGGGUUUGACGCGCCCUCGUCCGAAAUCCGAGCUGGGCCCGCCCCGACGGGGCUGUCUCCCGAAACCGAACCCACGCCCGGAUCGCCGUCAGCCGCCUUGGGCAAAAGGCCGCCUGCCGACAACUGCGCGACGCUUCCCCUCGCUUCACCAACAAAGAAGCCUCGACUUGUGGCUCCCGGUAGUCUCGCUCUGCCGCCCUUGCCUCCGAGCCGAGACCGCAACCCCUUUGCCCGCCCCCCUCUCCGCUCGCCCCUCUUCUUCUCGAGCUCGUCCAAGCCCGCAAUGAACCGUGUGCCGGGCGUCCCUGCACCCGAGACGUCGUCCUCCAUGCUCGGCGACCGCGAGAAUCCCGACGGGAUCACUACGCUUCGCCUGCCCAAGGCAAAGGUUAGUACAAUCAGCCCUGCGAGGUCUUUGGGUACGCCAAGCAGUUGGUCGUCAACCGACCUGAGCAGUUUGUCGCGCAGUCCGGAUGGCUGGCCCCUGCCAUCCUCGAUCCAGCUGCUCCAGGGCAUCGGCGUUGUCGAGCUGUUGGAGCAGGACGAGAGGCCGACGUUCAUCCUCGAUUUUAACGACUCGGCCAACUUCGGUCCGGGUCCGCUGCACAUAAUGUUUGCCAACGCCGCCCUGAGAACGGCGCCUGGUAUUCUAGGACUGCUGCAGCAAGAUAGCGCGGGGCCGGAUCAGAGCCUCGAAUUCCAAAACUUCCGGGCGUGGGCGCUCAGCUUGGUCCGGGACAGCGCAGGCCAAUACACUGGCCCGCCGUCCGUGGCUUAUGCGGGGCUUCCCUGGACAUGUUCAACCCUCCGAAGGCGCUUUCGAAUUAUACGUGGAAACAACGUCACAGCUCCAGCGACAUCGACGUCGCCCAGCUCGGCAGUUCCACAGUCUUCUCCCCUGGACCAGAGAUUGACCGGGCCUUGGUACCGCGGACCGAGGGAGUCUCGCAGCGAUUACUUUGGACAAUCUGUGGGCGGUCAUGUUCGCGCCCAAUCUGAACCCCGAAGCAGGUCCGAAUCCGUUGCCGAUACCGUUGUCCCACCCUUUGACAGCCUCGCCCUCGCGACUCCCAACCUUCCUCAAGUGCAGACAAUCUUCGACUGGACGCGAAUACCCCCAGACGACCCUAGCCUCUCGCCUCACCACCAGUUCGCCCGGUCGGUCGACUGGGCUUCCACUUCUCUAGGGCCUGUCGAGUCAUGGCCGGCAGAACUCCGUAUCAUGUCAAACAUGAUCAUGGGAAGUCCUCACCCAGCGGCCCUGUACUGGGGCAAAGACUACGUUGCCAUCUACAACGAGGCUUAUAUAUCCCUCGCCGGCCAGAAACAUCCCCAGCUGAUGGGAGCGCGGUACCGGGACGCCUGGGCCGAGAUUUGGGAUGAGAUUGAGCCAGUGUUUGAAAACGCCUGGAACGAUGGGAAAGCGACCAUGAAGUACGACGACUGCCUCUUUAUCUCGCGGCACGGCUUCCUGGAGGAGACAUUCUUUAACUGGGCAAUCAUACCUUUGGUCGGCAGUGAUGGGACAGUGGUGGCUCUCUACAACCCUGCUUUCGAAAACACACGGCGGCGCAUCAACGAGCGGAGGAUGCUGACGCUCCGCGAAAUCGGCAUCGCCACAUCGCAGGCCCGCGACAUCAAGGGUUUCUGGGCGCAGCUCAGAAAGGGUCUGGAGCACAACGAGUUUGACGUGCCGUUUGCCCUCCUGUACUCGGUCGGUGAGGAUUCCGAGAGCGAUGUCUCAUCCAUGAAUUCCGGUAGUUUCGCCAACCCGCCUCAAAUUGUCUUGGAAGGAUCGCUGGGCGUUCCUGAUGGCCACCCCUGCGCUGUCACCGCAAUAGAUCUGCGCACGAGCGAAGAGGGUUUUGCGCCGUACAUGAGGGAUUCGAUGACACAGUCGGCUUCCCCUAUAAUACUUAGCGAAGAGGACUGUACUCUACCCGUCGAGCUCGUCCAAGGGCUUUCCCCGAGAGGAUUUGGGGACGCCUGCCGAAAUGUCGUCGUGUUUCCCGUUCAUCCUACCACGACGGCGGACAUGGUAGUCGGCUUCAUCGUUCUAGGAGUAAAUCCUCGAAGGCAUUACGACGGAGACUACCAGCUGUUUGUCAGCUUGCUUUCCCGCCAGCUCGCCACCUCGCUGGCGUCCGUGGUCCUGUUUGAGGAGGAGAUCAAGCGGGGCCAGAGGGCUGCACGGCUGGCAGCGCUGGAUCGACAGGAGCUCUCGAUGCAGCUCCACCUUCGGACUCAGGAGGCCGUCGAGAGCGAGUAUCGAUUCGCAAGGAUGGCCGAGUUUGGCCCCGUGGGUUUGUUCGUUGCCGACAGUCAUGGCCACAUUAAUUACUGCAACGAGAUGUGGUACAAAAUUUCUGGAUUGGACAGGACGACAACCACGCUGGACGCUUGGAUGCAGAACAUCCGUGACGAGGACCGCCUUGGUGCCGAGAGUGCGUGGCGCCGUCUCGUUGAAGAAAAGACUGCCGUGACGCACGAAUUCCGCUUCAAGGGCUCCAAGGAGCUUCUCGAUGGCCAUUGGGUCGAUAUUUGGGCCCUGCUCAGCGCAUAUCCUGAAAAGGACGAGGCCGGCGAGCUCAAGAGCAUCUUUGGCUGCAUCACGGACAUCUCGCAACAGAAGUGGGCCGAAGAUUUUCAGAAGCAAAGGCGAGAGGAGGCAGUGGAGCUGAAGCGCCAGCAAGAGAACUUUAUCGACAUAACCAGCCACGAGAUGCGGAACCCGUUGAGCGCCAUCCUGCAGUGUGCCGACGAGAUAUCUUCGUCAUUGAGCCGGUACAAGCAAGGCGAGGGUUCGGCAGACAGUCCCGGCUCCCUGAGCCUCUUGGUUGACAGCUGCAUCGAAGCCGCCAGCACCAUCUCGCUCUGCGCGAACCACCAGAAGCGGAUCGUCGACGAUAUUCUGACCCUGUCCAAGCUCGAUUCGAACUUGUUGCUCGUGACACCCGUCGACGUGCAGCCAGUCGUAGUAGUGCAGAACGUGUUGAAGAUGUUCGAGGCUGAACUGACGACCAAUGACAUCUCGGGUCAGUUCUGCAUCGAGCAGUCAUACAGGGAUCUAGGCAUCGACUGGGUGAAGCUGGAUCCCUCGCGACUUCGCCAGGUCCUUAUCAACUUGAUGACCAAUGCCAUCAAGUUCACGCAAGGGUGCCCGACCCGGAUCAUCAUGAUUAGUCUUGGGGCAUCCAAGGGCGUCGCCGGGGACGACAUGUCGUACAUUCCUCCGCGGCACGCAGACCAAGACGACCUCACGGACGAUGCGGACUGGGCCGAUGGCGAGAAGAUAAACCUCCAUUUGGCUGUCACUGAUACUGGGCCUGGCCUGGACGAUGCCGAGAAGAAAACCCUGUUCCAGCGGUUCUCCCAAACCAGUCCGAGGACCCACGUUCAGUAUGGUGGUUCCGGGUUGGGUCUUUUCAUCUGUAGGAUCCUGACCGAAUUGCAAGGCGGCCAAAUCGGAGUUCGGUCAACAAAAGGGCAGGGCAGCACAUUUGCCUUUUACAUCAAGAGCCGGAAAACAGACCCCCCUCAGGCCAUCUCACCGAUCGGCAUGCCUGCGCCCAGUCUCGUUCCAGCCUCACCUCUGCGCACGGUACCGCCGGACCAAAGUCAAGCCGUCUCCACCACCGAUGCGCCUGCAACGGACCCCAUACUCCAGCAACCGGCGCCACCUACUUCUCAGCAAGACUCUAAUGUUCGGCGCCUGGACGUCCUGAUUGUGGAGGACAAUCUGGUCAAUCAGAAAGUCCUCAAGCGGCAGCUGCAACUCUCGGGGAACAACACCAGUGUCGCCAACCAUGGUGGUGAAGCCCUGGCAGCGAUACGGUUUUCUCGCUUCUGGAACGAGACGGCUGCCGCCAAGAACAAACCAGAGUGGCUUUCUUCUGUGGAGCUCCAGGCGGCCGAAGGUGCUGCAGACCAAGGACAUAGCCGGGACAUUUCGGUCAUCCUGAUGGACCUGGAGAUGCCCAUCAUGGACGGCAUGAGCUGCACCCGCGAGAUUAGGCGGCUCGAGGAAGAGGGCGUCAUCACGCACCAUAUACCCAUCAUCGCCGUCACCGCGUACGCCCGGCCGGAGCAGGUGGAGAACGCGAAGGCCGCGGGUGUUGAUGAUGUCAUUUCCAAACCCUUCCGCAUCCCUGAACUGAUCCCCAAGAUCGAAGAGCUUGUCGCAAAGUACAAUAUGGUGCCGUGUCCCUGA